UCUUUCUAUACAUGGCAGUCGGGCAGAACAGAAAGGACCCGUUACACAAUUAUAUCUCACUUUAAUCCUCUCGUCGUUCCCGCCGAAAUCCAUUAGAGGAACUGAUAGGUCGUCGGCAUAGAAGCUACCAGAAAGUAGAGGAGCAGAAAUUCUGGUUAUGUGUCCAGCUCGUGUCAUUGUAUUUAAUUAAGAAGCAGAGAGAACAAGCAAGAGUGACAAAAGAUAGAGGAGAGAGAUGAACAAGGACAAGAUAUUCAAGCUUGCAAAGGGGUUUAGAGGAAGAGCCAAGAACUGCAUCCGAAUAGCAAGGGAGAGAGUGGAGAAGGCCUUGCAGUAUUCGUACAGGGAUCGGCGCAACAAGAAGAGGGACAUGCGCUCCCUUUGGAUCGAAAGGAUCAAUGCUGGCACCCGCUUGCAUGGGGUAAAUUAUGGAAACUUCAUGCAUGGGCUGAUGAAGGAGAACAUCCAACUGAAUAGGAAGGUGCUGUCAGAACUGUCGAUGCACGAGCCAUAUAGCUUCAAAGCCCUAGUGGACAUUUCUCGCAAUGCCUUCCCUGGAAACAAGAACGUGGUGAUUCCUCCCAAAAAGGAAGGCCUGCCAAUUGUUGCAUAACAAUCCACUAUCCUCUUUAAAUCUUUUAAAGCUCAAAAAUUUUAUCAGACUUGCACAGAAUUUUUUUGGCAAGUUUCCUUACAGUCCGCUAAAAAGAAUCUUUUUAAGUUUUUUCUGGUUCUUCUCUUAGUAGGCCUCUUCACUCUUCAUUCUAUUCCAAAGGUUUAGGCUUUAGAGCAGAAGAAGACUCACCUUGAUACACAAACACAAGUUCCAUGCUUUUACCACAAUCGUAAAGAUACCAUUUACAAUAUUCUAAGGUGGACCUUUAUUUGGUGUCUAAAUGUAUUGAACACAUGAAAAGGAUUGAGGGCCUUAAUGUUCAAGUCUAUGUGAAAGCUAGUAAGAUCUGCGAACCAGCCAUGAGAGAGUCAUUCUUUGUCUAUGCCAGAUGUCAAUCCUAUGAGUUUUGAUUUGUGA